AUGGAUGGACGCGAUGCGGUAACGUUUGGGAACACUUCUCGGUCAACGUCAAGCUCAUCGGGAACCUCUGGAAUAGCUGCUGGGAAGCGAGAUGCUUUUAACCUUUUGGGAUUCUUCAAUAAGAUAUCUCCAUUGCGUCAAUUUGUGCGAGUCUCACAGAUGAGGAGCCAAGAAACGCUACAUCUGUUCCCUUCGACGACAUCUCCAAUCACCUAUGCGCACUACUCGACUCAGCCCGGGCCUGUCAAUUCAGCGACUUUGAAUGCAGCAGCAAAAACAAUCAAAUUACAACGUCGAGGUCGUCUCAUUCGUUUCUUUGGUGUCUCAUCGCUUCUCGUUGGCGGCCUUUCCUACUUGGGGUACUUGUUCACCCCCGAUUGGCGACAACUUACAGAUUCGAAGCAUUAUUAUUCUGAUUGGAAGAUUCGCUCCUACUUCUCGUUGCCUUGGAAUGCAAUCUCGCGGACUGCCGGAAGUUUAGCAAACAAGGAAAUCCCCGAGGGACUUCGUGCUACGCUGUUUGGUGCUUUUGCCCGAGCCUACGAUUGUCGAAUGGAAGAAGCGUUGAACCCCGACUUCAAGGGCUACACCACUUUUGCGGAAUUCUUCAAUCGAAGUCUUCGGCCUGAAACUCGACCGAUCUCAGCAAGCCCACUCGUCUCUCCGGCCGAUGGAAUUGUUUUGCACUUUGGACGUGUUGAAGAUGGCCGAGUCGAGUAUGUGAAAGGACAUGACUACGACAUUCAGCAGUUUGUUGGCGAUGUCAAACUCAACAAUGCUGAAGAACUGGAUCUCUAUCAAGUGGUGAUCUACUUGGCUCCCGGAAACUAUCAUUCUUUCCACUCACCGGCUAGAUGGGUUGCAGAAGAGGCUCGACAUUAUCCUGGGCUGUUGCUGUCCGUUCGUCCAUCGCUUCUCAAUCGAGUUCCACAUUUGUUCUGCUUGAACGAGAGGGUUGUGCUGAAUGGUGAAUGGAAACAUGGAUUUUUUUCAAUGUCAGCCGUGGCGGCUACAAACGUCGGAGAUAUUGCAAUCGACGCAAAACCAGAGCUGCAAACAAAUGUCAGAGUGAGGAGGAGAUACGCAAAAUACGAGCCAGUGGCCGAACAAAUUCAUCACCCAUUUCUACCUGGAGAGAAAGUUGGCGAGUUUCGUCUCGGAUCGACAAUCGUUUUGGUCUUUCAAGCCCCGCCAACUCUUCGUUUUGCCAUCCAAGCUGGGGAUUCUCUUCGAUAUGGACAAAGCUUGAUUACUGGAGGAUGU